AUGUUCUCCAAGAUUGCCUCGACCGCAGCUCUGCGUGGUGCUUCGCGCAUGUUCUCUACGGCGCGUGCUGUGCCUAUGGCCCGCGCGACAACGCCACUCGCUCUGGCGGCAGCUGCUGGCGUGGCUGGCUUGUCGCUUUACAGUCUGCCUCAGCUGCAGCUGGAAGGACCACGCACAAUCGCCGGCGAGUACAAGACGGCUGGUGAACGCAGCUUCAUUAUGAUCAAGCCUGAUGGUGUGAGCCGUCAGAUUGUGGGCAAGAUCAUUGACCGCUUCGAGUCGCGCGGCUACAAGCUUGUAGCGAUCAAGUCUGUCGUGCCAUCGGAGCAGCUGGCGAAAGAGCACUAUGCCGACUUGUCUGCGCGCCCCUUCUACCCUUCGCUCGUCAAGUAUAUCACGCAAGGCACGCCUGUGGUGGCCAUGGUCUGGGAAGGUAAGGAUGUGAUUCGUCAGGGCCGUCGAAUGGUUGGCGCCACGAACCCGCUCGAGGCGGACCCUGGCUCGGUCCGUGGUCAGUACGCCGUGAGCGUCGGCCGCAACAUCAUCCAUGCCUCGGAUGGCUUUGACUCGGCUACGAAGGAGAUUGGCCUCUGGUUCAACGAGUCGGAGAUUGCUCAGUAUGAGCCAUGCACGUGGCCUCAGAUCAUGGCCGACAACUAG